AUGACUGCCAUCGCUAACGCCCGAGUCCUGGAGGCGUCUAGACGGGAAUACGAGAGGAAUCGGCAACUGGUGGAAGUGAUCCACGACAUAUUCGAGGAACAGAGAAGCCUUGACUCGGUAGUGCUAAGAAUCCUUCAGAGGACUCAGAGGCUCCUCCUCGUCGAAAGAGCUGCCGUGUCCCUCCUCGAAGAAAAUACUCUGGAGUGUCGCUUUGGAGAAAUAUUUGAAAUGUCUUCUGACCAAGAUGCUUCCAAGACUGAGAGGAGCAAUCAUGACUCGGUGAAGGAAUACUUAUCGAAGCUGGCCCAUCGAGUGGCAUUCAGCGGUCAGAUCUUGAACCUCGACCCCUCAUCCAGCGAAGAUUUGCCGAAGAACUUUCAUUCUGUCCUCGCCAUGCCAAUCAGGAAUGUGAAGAUGGAAAUCAUGGGCGUGGCGACGAUCGUGAACAAGAGAGGAGGUGAACCAUUCGACAAACAAGACGAACGGUGGUUCGAGGUCAUGGCGUAUCACUCCACGUCCUCGACGUCAGAGGUGGAGAAACUAAUGGUGAGCACUUUCUUUUAA